AUGUGGCUAAUGCAGCGCUUCUUGCUGUGCUUCUUCUUGUCACUUGCCCUCAGUGGUCAGCAUACACUGGGGGCUCCCAGUGAGCCUGGUGUGCUCCACUGUGGGCAGCAGAGUUUUCAGUUCAUGGUUAAGUCUCUCCGCAAGGACAAGAUGAUGCCCGUGUUUGUAGUUUGGGAUAAUCAAGGGCUGCCACACAGGCUGUUGAACAAUUCAAAGUGUGGCAUGUGGAUAAAGGAGGACCCUAGUGGCUCAGUGACAUUGGAAGCCAACUACAGUGGCUGCUACGUCAAGGUGUGGGACUUCCACUACAUCCUGCCAGUUGGGGUGGAAGGAGUGGAUGCAGCUGGAUAUACACCACUGCUGAAGAAGAGGCUCCUCAAGUGUCCUCUUGAGCUACUCUUCCCUUCUCCACACCCAGCCCAACAUCCUCCAGGUGCUGACCUGUGCCACUCUGUGCCCGUGGAGGACAGAUUACCAUGUGUAUCUUCUCCGGCUUCUCAAGGAGACUGUGAAGAGCUGGGCUGCUGCUUCAGCCCUGCAGGAGGAGCCAGUUCCUGUUAUUAUGGGAACACAGUGACCUCACAUUGUAGCCAAGAGGGCCACUUCUCCAUUGCUGUGUCCCGUGAAGUGGUGUCUCCUCCGCUACGUUUGGAUUCUGUGCACCUGGUCCUCGGGAACGGCAGUGGGUGUGAGCCUGUGAUGGUAACCCCUGCCUUCAUCCUAUUCCAGUUUCCAUUUACUUCCUGUGGAACCACAAGCUGGGUCACUGGAGACCUGACAGUGUAUGAAAAUGAGUUAAUUGCCAAUAGGGAUGUGAAAAGUUGGGAUCAUGGCUCAAUCACUCGUGACAGCAUCUUCAGGCUUCAAGUCAGCUGCAGCUAUUCAUUAAACAGUAACACAUUCCCAGUUAAUGUCCAGGUAUUUACCCUUUCACCACCUCUUCCCAAGACCCAGGCUGGAACCCUCACUCUAGAACUUCGGAUUGCUAAGGAUAAGGACUACAGCUCCUACUAUGUGGCUAGUGACUACCCAGUGGUGAAGUUCCUUCAGGAUCCAGUCUAUGUGGAGGUCUCCAUCCUUCACAAGACAGACCCCAACCUGGGGCUGCUCCUCCAGCAGUGCUGGGCUACACCUGACCCCAACCCCCUGCACCAGCUGCAGUGGCCCAUUCUGGUGAAAGGCUGCCCCUAUGUUGGAGACAACUACCGGACUCAGAGGAUCCCUGUUGAGACAGCCUCACGCCUGCCAUUUCCCUCACACCACCAGCGUUUCAGUUUCUCCACCUUCAGCUUUGUAGACUCUGCAAAGGCAAAGCAGGCUCUGAGUGGACAGGUAUUUCUGCACUGCAGCGUAUCUGUGUGCCAGCCUGCAGAGAUGCUACCCUGCAUGGUCACCUGUCCUCCUGCCACUCGAAGAAGAAAAUCUGACCUGUAUUUUGAGAAUAGCACUGCCAGUGUUUCUAGCAUGGGCCCCAUGAUUCUACUCCAAGCUACUGAAGACCCUUUAGAAAAGCCUUAUAAAUCUACAAGUGCUCCUGUGGAUCCCAAAGCCCUGUGGGUGGCAGGAUUUUCUGGCACCUUGAUCAUUGGAGCCUUGUUAGUCUCCUACUUAGCUAUUAGAAGGUGGAAGUGA